UCUUUCAACAUUUUCAACUUCUAGCAACAUAUGCAAUAUUUCUAAAUUUCAUUUUGCCUCUAUCUUCGCCUUUUAUGCCUUGUGUCAUCUUCGUUAAGCGGUGUCAAAAAAAUCACGAAUAAACGUCAAAAACAUUUUAAACAAAGUUUCACCUCUUGCUGCAUGAAUCAAAGAAAAAUUAGGCCAGAAGCGUAAAUUACAUACAAAAGCCCACAAAAAUUUUGCAGAAAAAUACGGCUAACGUGUUUUAUAUUCGGGAAACGUAUUGGCAAAAAGCAUUUACAUCAUUGAGGUGCUACGUGCGUCAGUACCUUCGUCCGUAGACCCAAUACGAUAGGGCAGUAUUUGGCAGCUUUGAAGAACAGGAACUGUUCAUCAAGACACGGAGCGGUGCGGUGUGCUUGUAUUGGUAACAACAAGUGCGUUUGGAUUUGUCGCAACGGCGCCAAUUAGAAUGGACGCCAAAAAUGACGAUUCGGCUGGUAGUGACUCGCUGGAUAAGUCUUUACAGAAGAAAUGUGUAGUAGAUGACGUUGGACAAGGUGAGGGCUCAACGGCAAAUACAGCGCUGACGCAAGGCAUUAGCGACAUAAAUGAUCAACAAAAAUCGGAUACUGAAACUGAAAAUCGACCUGUUAUUUCUAAUAAUUCCCAAAACAAGACUGAGAAGAGUGCAGGCGAUGGAGUAUGCGAUAGUCUCGAUGCGAAUAACUGCCCCAUUGAUGGGAAAUUUGACAAUAGUAUUCACAUCGCAGAAAUUAUAAACGAUACAAACACCGCACAAGUGUUUGAUGCGCACGAAACUGUUAAUAUUGCCAAUAUUAAUUCGGCGAAUAUGGCAGAAGGUAAUACGUCCGCAAUCAGCAAAGAAAAAAUAGCCAUUUCCAAUAAUACAUUAAACGAUGCUACCGAAGCGCCAAGUGAAUACAGUUCUAAUAGUAACAGUAAUUGCUGCAGCAACAAUAGCAACGCCUUUGAAACAAAAGUUAAGCAGAUCUCCAAGAACCUCAAGGAAACAACUCUAGCUGAAUGUGCGAAUAAGAAAACAUUAGCAGACGACACCAAUUCCACCUCGUCCGCAUCUUCAGCUUCAUCGGCCUCGUCUACGCCGGAGUGUGAACAGGCGUCCGUCGAUGAAGCGACGGCGGCUUUAUAUUCGUUAGGUCCUAGUACUAGCGCAGCGGCGGCGGCGGCAGCAGCAGCGUCGUCAGUUUCCGGUGGCAGUGCACAAGACGAGAACGAUCAUCGUUCAAAAAAAGUGCGGUUUCAUCCAGAUGUAAAAGAAAAUGAUGGUGGCAACAGAGUGAUUCCCAAAAAGAAGAAAAAGCUGAAAACCAAUCAGUCUGGUGCUGGCACUUCUAGUAGCAGCAGUGGUGUUGGUGGAGGAGACGAUUCGUCAGGUAGUAGUCAGCGAGGCACUUCAGCUGAAGAUGAAAUGGAAUUGGAUGAGGAAGAAGAUUUGGAAGAGGAAGGUACUUUCAGCAUAGCUAAAACGAUAGAGGAUGCGCAGGAUUACUUAAAGGAGCAUCCGUUAACAUUUGCCGGUUCCUUCGAUAAAAGUAAUGUCACUACUCAAAGCGGUCUCCUUGAAGAAGAAGAUUUGCCACAACUUGUAGAAACAUCUGAAGAUGACGAGGAAGAGUUUUCUGUGCAAGAGUUUCCUGAAAACGGUGUUGCGUGCAUUUUGGGCAAACAAAAUAAUUGUGGAAAGGUGGAGUUCCUGCUGCGUUAUGUAGAUCGACCUGGCUUAUUUUUGGAAACCGAAGAAUUCAUCAGCUUGCGAUGCCCCAAUCUGCUUCAACAGUAUGAACAAUGUCGUGAAGGUCGUCAAACGCGUUUAAUGAACUUUGUGGCGAAACGUCAAAACCUCCGGCAACGAUACACAGACUUCUAGGAUCAAAUGUGUUCAUGUUGAGAAUGACUUGACUACUGGAACUACAACAAUAUUUCGCUUUAUAGAGUUUGCGGUGCAGUAAUGCUACUCACGAAAAAUAUAAAUCUACAAAAUCAACACAAUACAAAAGUAUGAAAUUUAAGAAAAAUUGCUGCUUAUUAGAAUGGCAAUAUGUACAGUAAAUUUCAACAUGCUCUAUAAGAGCAAAGAGUGGACCAGAAAAUCCAAUAAGUACUCUAAAAAUGCUACAAUUCGGUAGCAAUUAUCCUUCCCCGAUUUUCAAUUGAGAAAUUUAUACAACAAAAAUGCUUUUUUAUAGUACCACAUAACUUUAGUUCACAAAUUCUAUUAUCGUGUGCAACAGAUGGUGGAAAUUACCGUAAAGCACCCAGAAAGAGUGAAUGGAAGAAAUGUUAGCUAAACUUGUGUAUGUAAAGAAUUUUUGAACAAAUGUACUCAUUUAAUGAAAGGGAAAUGUAAAAAUUAAAAAUGAAAUAUUAGAAAGGGGACAUAAGAAAGAUCAAACAAAAAAGGACAUUGAUAAAAACUAAUAAAUUUGAUGAUAGUACGAUAAUUAAUUAUGUAAUAAACUAUAAGCAAAAGUCUAA